AUGCCCCUUCGCGUUACUAAGCCUCGAGGGGUGGCGACGAAGGUCAAUUGUAGUGCCUGGCACUACAACUUCCCCCGUGCUAACGAACAGAAACCGCUUGGCGGUUUUUCAGGUUCCGGCCCUUCUCUUCUCCUCAUUCUCUCCGUUCAUCACGCUUCACAACAAUCUCGGAACGUCCCACACGACGAGAACGGGCGGGCGAACGCGUAUAAAGAGAAAGGGGCGAGAGCAGCGGAAAGGGAAGAAAAAGGAGAAGAGGAAGAAGAAGAAGAAGAAGAAGAAGAAGAAGAAGAAGAAGAAGGAGAAGAAGAAGAAGAAGAAGAAGGAGAAGAAGAAGAAGAAGAAGAAGAAGAAGAAGGUCGUCAGGAUGGAUGGCGUUUGCGCUGGCGGCGCCGGCACGCCCGAAGUAAGGCGGGACACCCUGCCAAAUGA